UCCGCCCAACGGCCGCUUGGGCGCUCGCGCCCUGUCACGUGGUGCGUGCGGGGAAAGGGCUGGAAGGAACCGCUGGAGUGUGAGCGCGAGGCGCCGCCAUUGUCUCUGUAAGUAAGUGCUGUGGGGAACAAGUCUAUUCUGCGGGAGUUUUGUAAAGCAUUUCUGUGCUGACCAUGUGAGGAAUGAGGUGAAACCAGAAGUACUUCCAUCCUGAAGAGAGUUAAACUGAAGAGAACUGUUUGUCUAUCAAAGGAUUCAUCACUUGACAGCCAAAAAAAAAAUAAAGAAAAGAAAAGGAGGAGGAGAACCUCAAACAGUCCAUUAAUCCUGAUGGAGCACCAGAAGUUUCAUGGUGAACAGUCAAAAUUUUGUCUGAAUGUGGACAGUGAAAACAUGGAAACAUCAAACACAGAAGCGGGUUCACUUGGCUCUGGAGGCCCUGACAGAGACAUAAAUCCAGAAGAAAUAUUUAAGAAAAGGGCUGUUGUGGCUGGUGAGGCUUUUGAAAUUCCUAAAAUAAAUCGUGUCGACAAUGAUGAUAAUGAUAAAGGAAGCAGAACUGUCCAAAGUGAAACAUUGUUUGGUGUUGGUGAUGAUUUGGAUGAAAAUUGUAUUAAAGAACUCAGUAGCACUCUAAAAAUCCCAGCUCUUGAGGCAUUGGGGGAAAAUGAGAAGUCACAUAGCAUGAAAAGCUAUUUGAAAGUCCAAAGUCCAGAAGAAUCAGUAACAUUACAGGGAGCACGACUGACUGGUGUGGAUGCUGUCAAAGCAGAGCUUCCUCUUAAUAAUGAAGGAACCAAACUGAAAGAAUUGUUAAGUCAAAUGGACUUUUCAGGAAAUCUUUCGAACUCCUGGGACCAGGGAACUCACUCCAAGUCGCCCAUCAUUCCUGAUCUGAAAGAGGAGAAAGAGCUGUUUAGGUUACAGUCUGAUUUUUUUUCCCCUUUAUCCUCUAUGGCUCUUGAGAACAUGAAGAAAAAAGUAGGAAGUUCAUUAACAGAAAAGUUUAGGAUCCCCCUACUGCAAAAGCUUCCUUACACAUCCCAAACAGAUCUCCCCUGAACUGCUAAACUCUUACAACUGCUCCCAACCAGCCCCCCCCAGUUGUAAAAACCCUGUAUUCCUUUAAUACCCUCCCUAACUAAACUCCUUUUCCAUCUGCCAAACCCUACUGAAUCCACCUGAGAGGCUGACCACCCAGACUUCCCAGUUCCCAAAACCAUCUCACACAGUGACAAACCCCCCAACCAGUUUCUGCCAGUACUUGUCAGACCUCAUUUCUGUGUCCCGCUGUGCGGGAUCUACAACUCUCAAACCAGACCCCUUUGUAGAUGAUAGGCACAGGGCAGUUUAUAGCACCUGGAAUCAUAGUGAGCCCUGGGGAAGAGGAUUCCCUUUACGGUCUCAUUCAGGGUGUGAAGUUUGCCUUGUUCCUGUCUGAAGUUCCUGGAUGUUCUGAAUCUCAGUUGUGCCACAUGUUUGGGGCUCUUAUGGAGCAGAGCUGCUGUUCUUUUGGUCCUGCGAGCACCUGAAAGGGGCAGGUUGAACAGGGUCUAUGGAGUAUUAUCUGCACUUCCUGUUAUUUAUAGCUGCCAUUUCUUUCACCUCCCAGCUUGCAAUGAGCAGGUUACAGGCAAGAGAGUGGGAGAAACAUAUGCCAGUGACCAUGUUUCAAAUGAAGAGCAGAGUGAACAGUCAACAGUUACUCUGAAUGUGGUUAACCAGAACAAGAUGUCAUCAGAAAGUGAAGUCAGAUUAUCUGGAGAUGGUUCAUCUUACAGCAGAAGCCCUUAUGUCAAAGAAAUAAAAGCAAAGGAAACCGAUUUUAGAGAAAAGAUGAUUGUGCCUGGUGGACCUUCUGAAAGUCCUAAGCAAAAUUGUGACAAUGACGAGAGGGGAAGCAGAACAAUUCUAAUUAAACCCUGUUACAUAGGCCUGAAAGACCUCAAGGAUGAGUUAAAAGAAAAAUGUAAAGAUUCUUUAAUAAGCUUAGAUAUUGAAACACAGUCACUAAAAAUGAAAAAUGAGAGGAAGGCAAGUUUUUCAGACGUAUUCCAAGUUCCUUUACAUAAAAACAAUGUUAAAAAACAAAAUAAAAUAAAAAUCCAAAACAUUAAGGCACCGUUGGAAAAUGAAAAACUGAACAACACGGAAAAGGAAGAGAUCAAAAGUCAUGGAGAAGCAGUCACUUCAAGAGGAUCAGAUAGUAUGGAUACAAAGAUUCACCAUAACUCUGAGGAAACUCAAGGAAAAAGGUCAUUUACUCAAAUGGACUCUCCAGAUCUUUCAGAUAUGAUUGGGGAUGGCAUUUUCUCUAGGCUGUCGCUUGUGGAAAAAGAGUAUAAGCGUUCUACCAUAAAUCUCUCCAAUGUAGAAGAGGAAGGCUCAAGGACAAAGAGAUUACAGUCAGAUUCUCGCCCUCUAUCCAGCAUGACUCCUGAGGUAGAGAAGGAAAAAAGUAGAGAGGUAAUAACACCUGUUGCAAAGUUUAGGAAAUUCUGGAACAAUCCAGUUACGCAAUUAGGAAAGGAGGAAAUAUCUUAUAGCUAUUUAGUGAUGAAUCCAAAUAGAAAAGGAUUUAAUUCUAGACUUUCAGAAAGACUUUUUACCAGUAAUAUUAGUCAGUCCGGCAGGAUUAUUCUGGCACCUGAGAACACUUUGCAGACUAAGGAUCUUCAAGGAAUUCCAGUGGAAGGUACCUCCACAUAUUUGUCAGCCAGCAAGACAGAGAAUGUGUUUGGUGAGGGAAAGUCCCAUAAUAGAUCUCCUGUCCUGCCUGAUCAGAGUGGUAGUAUUGAAGACAUACACGUCACAGUCUGUGAACCCAGCUGCAUUUCACCAACUGCUGUGGAAAGGUUGGGGACUAAUCAGAAGGGUGAACUUAGUGAAAUGAAGAAUCAGAUGCCCAGAGUGGAAGGUUUGGUUCAGUAUUUCUUAGACGAAUCUGCUGAAGAAGUUUCCCGGGGACAGUUGGAUGUGGAAGAACAGAAAUCCUUAAACCAAGGAAACUUCAAAUCCAAUGAUGAAAGUGACGAUAGUUCUUGGCUUCUGAUGGAAAUUGCAGAGGACUUAGAUAAUGUAGAUGUUGCGAAUGUCCCUGAUGGACAAAAUAAGGCUGUGGAACAGGAGACUAGAGGAGAGCAUUUGAAUCCUAGUAAGGUCACCUUGCAGUCAGAAAGCAUGGAGGUGCCUGUGUCAGGGAGACACAAGGCAGAAUGUUAUUCUUGCUCCAAUGACAUAAACAAAAUCAAGCACAAUGAUAUUAAAAAAAGCACAGCUUUUUGUUGUCUUGAAUCAGACAGAGAUGGACAAAGUAGUUGUGUAGGAAAAGUAGCAGCUCCGGAUUCAGCCAAAGAAACCUGUCUCAUCGGGGAGGAAGAGGGCCCUUUGGUUCACCAGUCACAUGGUGUGCAAAUUGUGUAUUACAAAAUGUCUGGGCCAGUAGUCGGACUCCUUGGAGUCCCCAGCAAGGCCUGUAAGCCAAGGAAACUGCAGAGACUGGUAGAAUUGGAGGAUUCUUCAGAUGAUGAGAUGUGUGUUUGUUGCCAGCCCCCUAAGAAAAUGUCUAGACUUGUCCUGGGAGUCUCCAACAGCAAGGCUUGUAAGCCAUGUAAGAUGCAGAGAGUGGAGGAAUUGGAGGAUUUAUCAGAAGACGUAUAUGUUGAUUUCCAGGUUACUCAGGAAAUUAAAGACAGCGAUUACCACCCAACAUUAUGUAAAAGAGAAAUGAAGCAGCUCCUGAAACCAUACGCAGCACAUGUGCAUUGGCAAAAGCCUUUGAACUCAGAUUACAGUAAUGAAAAGAAGAGGAGGGGUAGGACACCAGCCUCUAAAGAAGCUUCAGCUUCUGUUCAUGGUUUGCAGCUGUCUGAAGAACAAAGUCGAAUUAAGGUCAUUGACUCAUUGCGUGGGAUGCUACAGAAAAGGUUGGAGGAGUCUCCUGAUCUGGAUGUCCAUGAAGAUACAAUAUUGAGAUUAGCAAACAAUGUGGAGAAGGAAAUAUUCAACCUCUUUCUUUGUGUUGACCAACGAUACAAAAACAAGUACCGCAGUCUCCUCUUUAACCUGAAAUCUCCGAAAAAUAAGCUCCUCUUCCACCAGGUGGUUCUUGGAGAGGUUUCCCCCCAGAGUCUUGUUCAAAUGAAUUCGCUGGAGCUGGCACCAAAGGAGUUGGCAGAGUGGAGAGCUAAGGAGAGCAAGCAUGUGCUGGAGGUGAUAGAAAAACAGCAGCGAGAACCACCAAGGUGUUGCCCCACAAAGCUGACCCACAAAGGAGAAAUAGAGAUACACAGGGAGGUGGAUGAGGACUUUACUUUGGAAGACCUAUAUGGAUCAGCACUAUGUAUGGACAAGAAAUCUAUUUCCCAGCCCGCUGCGUUGUCCAAAAGAGACACCACUGAACAGCACAGGAGUCACUUACUGGACCUAGACUGCCUUAUCUGUACAGAAAGGAUGGCUCCUGAUGGUGAGAGCGGUUUUAACCCACUGCAGAGCAAACCAACCUCAAAGAAGAAGGCAGAAGACAGCUCCAGAAGAUUACAUUCAACCAGUGUCUAUUCAUACAAAGAGAGAAAACAUUUGGAGAAAGACAGGCCUGCCUCAGUUGAUGUCCUCAAGAAGAGUCCAAGGCUACAGAAGCAAGUCAGAGACACUGUGCUGUGGGAAGGAUUCAUUCAGAUGUUCAGCAUUAAACAGUUUGCCGCAAAAGCGUAUCCUGUUUCAGGCUACGGCACUUGCCUCAUUCAGGCGUUACCGGAGCUGAUUCAGUCAAGGGGCUGUAUUCUCCCGGAGGACGUCUGGGAUUAUUUAGAGAGCAUAUGGCCAGCUGAAGCCAAGGAGAUGAGCAUGAUACGAUUCUGCCCUGCCAUGACCAAAGACUUCAACACUUACAACAUGCUGUACUCGUAUUUGAACAACAAACAGAGAUACGGCAUUGUGAACAGCAACCAGAUGGAAAUGUUCAUGGUACCGCUGGCAGCCUUCCAGCCAGUACCUGCCAAAUUCCAUCCACUUGGUGGCCCAGGUCUUGAUGCAAGUCACUCUUGCUUGUUGCUGGGACUGAUUCUCCCAAAGAAAGUCUCAUGCGACCCCUCUACAAGUAGCAUGGGGCCCAGCCUCUUAAGGGAAACAAAAAGAAAGACAGUGACUUUUAAAAAUAACCUUGUGACCAAAUGCUUUUCUCCUCCUCUGGACAGUUCUGGGAGCACCAAACUGGCUGAACCAUUUCAACAGGUACCUUCCAGGGCAUUCACAGGUAAUUGGCUGUCUAGGAACGAGUAUCCUCCAGCGGUUUUUCACAGCCAGGAGCCCUGUAAUAAUAUGUUCGCUCUCAAUACAGCAGUGGGUGAAGUCAUAAAUGGAGGGACAUGCCAUGCAGCAUCUUCACACUGCCAAAACAGAAAGGAGGAAACAAACCAAUCCAUGCAGGAUUGUGCUGUCCAUUCACUUAGCAGCUUCUCCUGGAUGGGAGGGCAGUCCUACAGCACGGCUCAGGAAUCAUUGGGAAGGCAGCAGAAUAUGAUUGGGGGACAUACGGAGUUUCAGGCUGAUGCAGGGCCAGCCAUGACACAGAACUGGAAUCACGGACCAUUGUCUUCAUGCUCCUUAUGCUCACAUGAAUGUGGUGACAAUGUUGCCCUCGAUGUCAACAUGUUAGAUAUUCAGCAGUUAUCAAGCAUGUUGUAUCCUGGAGUUGCAUCUUCUGGUGGAGUUUCUCAGGUGCCAUCUGUGCCCCAUCUUGUUUCCAAUGAACCUCUUGCUACAUCUGACCUCCAAAAUCAUGCUGCAACUGGAGACUCCAAUCCAACCAUUCCUGUAGGGGAAGCGUUGUCUCUGAUCCAGCAUCUGGAGGCACUGGUGCAGUUGAAUUCACAGAUUCAGAACCAGACUCUUUUCCCACUUCCUUCGUUAGAUCUUUCUGCAAUCCUACAGGCAAUCACACCUGGGGAAUCUCAGAUUGUUGGAGGAUCCACAUCUCCACCUGUCCAGCAGGAAAGUGGUGUGGAUCCCCAGUCUCAGUUGACCCUUCCUCCCUUUUGUGGACCAGUAUAUCCCCCUUCUGGUUGUUAAUUACACCAUGUCCUCUAGGGAGCUCCACAGAGAAUCAUUUCUACAAUUGUGUACUCCUGACAUGAAAGCAGCAUAUACAUAAAGAGUUUGCAACUCAUCUUAAAAGCAUCAACCUCUGGAAUUUAAAAGGGCCUCCCCCAAACUUUUGAGAGUUGUGGAUAGGUUGAAACAUGCCCGUACGGUAAGAAGGCUUACAGAAUUAUUUCCGUGGGAACAGAUGGAAUAAUGAGCAGCGCUCUAAAUACAUCAGUGGCCAGAUAUUGAUCAGAACGGAAGAAGUAGGGCAAGUGUUACGAUUACUCCAUGUAAGUGUUUUCUGGUCACUCUGCUUUCUGUGGCCAUUGAAAAGGAAUUUUUGGCCAUUUCCCUGUGCACUUGAGGGGAGGGGGAGUGACAGGGAAGUAUUGUGCACUAAGAAAAGCGUGUGUGUGAGGGGGCAGAUCUGAGGCUUACUGAGAAAUAAUGUGCUACUGAAAGAAGUGGUUUUUUUUUUUCAAAUUUUUAAUUCCACCCAGUCCUGGUGGUGGUUGGGGCUUUUUUGUGUACUAAAGGUUUUUAGAUAACAGUUUUACAAUUAUACCGAGCAUAAGGAGUUUCUCCCACUGGUAGAAAGGGACCUGCUGUUGAGGUGUUACUGGCAUUUCCUUCACCAGCAAUUGCAAAAAAUGUUUUGUCUAUUUACAAUAUGGUAUUUUUUAAAAAAGGUUGAUGCAGGAUGUAAGAAUCCAGAAGAUGGGUGCGGGUUGUUAGAGGCACCUACGAUGUAGGCACUAUUCUUUUACACUAUACCAUGACCGAUGUUUUUUAAAUAUUGUAUUUUUACUUUGACCAGUAACCACUACUGCACAGUAACGCUGGAGACUUGAGUUCAAAUAUAGGCUGGAUUCACAUGUGACUUGCAAUCUGAAUCGUAGCAAUCGCGAUUGUUUUAUUUUGAUGUUAUGGAACCUGUACUGUUUAAAAAUGUUCAGAGUAAGAAAAAUAAAGAUUCUUUAGCAGUUA